AUGAAGCUGUCAACAUCUGGAUUGGGUCAACAGGGUCAUGAAGGAGAGAAAUGUCUGAAUUCUGAGCUAUGGCAUGCUUGUGCUGGACCAUUGGUCUCUCUUCCAUCAUCUGGAAGCCGUGUUGUCUACUUUCCACAGGGUCACAGUGAACAGGUAGCUGCUACAACUAAUAAGGAAGUUGAUGGUCACAUACCCAAUUACCCAAGCCUACCACCACAAUUGAUUUGCCAGCUCCAUAAUGUUACAAUGCAUGCAGAUGUGGAGACAGACGAAGUCUAUGCUCAAAUGACACUUCAACCAUUGACACCGGAGGAGCAGAAGGAAACAUUUGUACCGAUUGAGUUGGGGAUACCGAGCAAGCAACCUAGCAAUUACUUCUGUAAGACUCUCACAGCUAGUGAUACUAGCACUCAUGGAGGGUUUUCAGUUCCUAGACGCGCUGCUGAGAAAGUUUUUCCUCCAUUGGACUACUCACUGCAGCCACCAGCACAAGAAUUGCUCGCAAGGGAUCUCCAUGAUGUUGAAUGGAAAUUUAGGCAUAUCUUUCGGGGUAGAAAUGAAAAGAAUCAACUCUUCUUGGGAAUUCGUCGUGCCACUAGGCCACAGACCAUUGUACCAUCAUCUGUUUUAUCUAGUGAUAGUAUGCAUAUUGGACUCCUUGCUGCUGCUGCACAUGCUUCUGCAACUAACAGCUGUUUCACUGUUUUCUUUCAUCCAAGGGCUAGCCCAUCUGAGUUUGUGAUACAACUUUCCAAGUACAUUAAAGCCGUUUUUCACACGCGUAUUUCAGUUGGGAUGCGCUUUCGCAUGCUCUUUGAGACAGAGGAGUCCAGCGUCCGCAGGUACAUGGGUACUAUAACUGGUAUCAGCGAUCUUGAUGCUGUUCGUUGGCCAAACUCUCAUUGGCGAUCUGUGAAGGUUGGUUGGGAUGAAUCGACUGCAGGGGAGAGACAGCCAAGGGUUUCGUUGUGGGAGAUUGAGCCUCUUACUACUUUCCCUAUGUAUCCAUCUCUGUUUCCUCUCAGGCUAAAACGUCCUUGGCAUGCUGGUACAUCAUCAUUGCAUGAUGGGAGAGGUGAAUCAGGAAGUGGACUAACAUGGCUAAGAGGAGGAGGUGGAGAGCAGCAAGGUUUGCUUCCUCUAAAUUAUCCAUCAGUUGGUUUGUUUCCAUGGAUGCAACAGAGGCUGGAUCUCACUCAACUGGGGACUGAUAAUAAUCAGCAAUACCAAGCAAUGUUAGCCGCCGGAUUGCAGAACAUAGCCGGUGGAGAUCCUUUAAGACAACAACAGUUUGUCCAGCUGCAAGAGCCUCCUCACCACCAAUAUCUUCAACAAUCAGCUUCCCACAACUCUGAUCUGAUUCUUCAGCAGCAGCAGCAGCAACAAACAUCACGCCAUCUCCUGCAUGCUCAAACUCAGAUUAUGAGUGAGAAUCAACCAGCUGUGCAGCAGCAGCAGCUACAGCAACAGCAACCGGACCAAAACGCUUAUCUUAAUGCUUUCAAAAUGCAGAAUGGUCAUCUUCAACAGUGGCAGCACUCUGAUAUCCCUUCUCCCUCGUUCUUGAAAUCAGAUUUCACCAACUCUAGCAACAAGUUCACAGCAACAGCUAGUCCUAUGCAACAAAGCUCUACCUCUCCUGGUUCUGGAGAUAGCAACAACCUUUUGAACUUCUCUAUCACCGGUCAGUCUGUACUCCCUGAGCAGUUAACAACAGAGGCUUGGUCUCCAAAAGCAUCCAACACAUUCUCUGAACCGCUGUCUCUUCCACAACAAGCCUAUGCCGGGAAAAGCCUUGCUCCAGAACCUGGAAACCCCAACUUAAACCCUCAGAAUCCUUCUCUUUUCGGCGUUGAUCCUGACUCUGGACUUUUCCUACCAAGUACUGUUCCUCGCUUUGCUUCUUCAUCAGGAGACGCUGAAGCUUCACCUAUGUCACUAACAGAUUCAGGGUUUCAAAACUCCUUAUACAGCUGCAUGCAAGACACAACGCAUGAGUUAUUGCAUGGAGCUGGACAGAUUAACCCGUCAAACCAGACCAAGAACUUUGUAAAGGUUUAUAAAUCUGGUUCGGUGGGGCGUUCACUAGACAUCUCCCGGUUCAGCAGCUACCACGAGCUGCGAGAAGAGUUAGGGAAGAUGUUUGCUAUCGAAGGGAUGUUGGAAGACCCCCUUAGAUCAGGCUGGCAGCUUGUAUUCGUUGACAAGGAGAAUGAUAUUCUUCUCCUUGGCGAUGACCCGUGGGAGUCAUUUGUGAAUAACGUUUGGUACAUAAAGAUACUAUCGCCGGAAGAUGUGCAGCAAAUGGGAGAUCACGGCGAAGGCAGUGGCGGGUCUUUCCCACAAAACCCGACCCAUCUCUAA